GCCGCGCUGGAUCAAUGAAACUCGCGACUCGCGAUCCCGAUAAACUGGCGAUCGAGGGUGCUCGCAGGUGAAUCCCGGAAGGCGGGUUGCCCCGAAGUAAAUGGACCAUGGGCAAGGACCAGGAGCUGCUGGAGGCAGCGCGCAGCGGCAACGUCACCGUCGUCGAGAAGAUUCUGGGUCAGCGGGCGAAGAGGAGUGGUCCCCUGGCAAGUUUAAGGCGGGGCCCGGGAGCUAACGUGCAAGAUGCCAGCGGUUAUUCGGCCCUCCAUCACGCCGCCUUAAAUGGCCACAGGGAUGUCGUCAAGGUGCUGCUGCUGUACGAGGCGUCGACCAACGUGGUGGACGCGAAGGGCUCCUCGCCGCUCCAUCUGGCGGCGUGGGCUGGAGAUGCUGAAAUAGUCCGACUUAUCCUGAGCCAAGGACCGUCCGUGCCCAAGGUCAACCUCGCGACCAAGGACAACGAGACCGCGUUGCACUGCGCGGCGCAGUACGGGCACACGGAAGUGGUGGCGCAGCUGCUGCAGUACGGAUGCGACCCCAGCAUCCGCAACAGCCGCGGAGAGUCCGCCCUCGACCUCGCCGCGCAAUAUGGCAGGCUCGAGACGGUGCAGCUGCUGGUCCGGACGCAUCCGGAGCUGAUCGAACCCCUGCGAAACUCCUCGUCAUCUCUGAUCUUUCCCCACACGCCGCUGCAUCUCGCCUCCAGGAAUGGACACAGGGCCGUCGUCGAGGUCCUGCUGGCCGCCGGGGUGGACGUCAACACCAGGACGUCCGCGGGCACCGCCAUGCACGAGGCCGCCCUCUGUGGCAAGAUGGAGGUGGUCCGCACCCUCCUGGACCGGGGAGUCGACCUGGCCAUCCGGGACUCCAGACAGAACACGGUGCUCGACCUCCUGGGACAGUUCCCGCCUCACGUUACUCAGGACAUCACUGCUGUUAUUAAGAGACACAGAUCUUCAUCUGGGGUGGAGAGCGACGCGGACAGCGAGAAUCUGCCACCGAUCCCCGUGCAGGGUGGCGGCGACUCUCUGGGCAGCCCCUACGAGAACGUCCGCCCUGGCCAGGACUUGUCCCCUGGGGAGGGAACGUCCCCUACCCAGUGGCAGUUCUACCACAAGCCGCGGGACGACGACCGAAGAGUGUCCGGCACCUCCUGCGUGUCCUUCGAGGACGAACCACCGUGUGGGAACCACCUUUCUCCCGGGACCGGGGCCCAGCAGACGGAGGACUCCGACUUCAGCUCCGUCUUCGAUAGCGCCAUCUUGUCCAUGUCCGACACGCUCAACUCCAUAAACACACUCGAAAGUUACGACCGAACCCCAGACGACAGACCGCUAAACACUACCGACAAUACCACACCACAUCCACCGCGCGACACCGCACGGGGCUCCGAUAGCGGCUUGUAUCAGACCCCCCCAGCACCAAGGGGCCCGAUGGAGGGCGGCUUUGCAUCCGAAGACCUUUCGUUGACUCUGCCCCCGGGGUACGGGGGAGGUCGGGAGUCCGAUCAGCUGAGUGUCUCCUCGUCCUCGAGCGUGGGUGGACCCAGCCCUCGGGACCGACGUUGCCUCCCCAACGAGACCAACCCUGGGAUCUACUUGCCCAUGGCGCCGCUUUCCAGUUCCCUGCAUAGCCCUGCGUCCAACAGCAAGGUCUCGCCGACCCCGCCGAAGAAGCCACCCCGGAGGAACCUGUCGGUGUCGCCGACGCACCUGCAGACGCAGAUGUCGCUGUCGGCGGACUGCUCUCUGGGGCCCAGCAACUACGAGUACCUCUUCCUGGCGCGCAGCGGGGCCCGGAGCCACAUCGACCUGGAGCAGCUGCAGGUCCGGCGGGACCAGCUGCGUCACGUCACGAGAAGCGUGGACCAGUACGUGGACAUGAAGGCGCGCCACCACGGGGAGAAGCGGGACCAGCACGAGGAGCCGGUGGCCAUCACGUCGAUAUACGAGAACCGACCCAUCAAGGCACAAAAUCCGAGGCGGAAGCUGCGCAGGUUUUGCGACCGGCCCUACGAGAACUAUGAACCGGAUGGCCAGUCAGGGGUGGACGGGUCGCCGUCGAGCGUCGAGGGCGGACCUGGCCAGGAGCGAACCUUCGUCUCGAGCGCCUUCCUGACCCUCAAGUCCUCCCAGGAGAGCCUGCUGGAUGAGAAGCGAGACCCGCUGGAGGGCCGGGAGGCCACGGACAAGCGGCUUAGGCGCGUCCAGAUGAUGUUGCCCACCAGCCCCACCCACUACGUGCAGCCACCCACCCCGGACCACCCACCGCCAUCGGCCCUGCAGGCCGAGAAGUCCAUCCACGACCGCAUCCGGCCCCUCAGCCAGGUGUACAAGCGUCGCUCCCGGGACAUGGAGACCGAGACCGAGGAGGACCUGCUCCAGUUCCCGGCAGGGAAUUCCCUGGACGCGUCCAGCGGGUCUCUGUCUAGUGUCUCCCUUUCGGACAAGAGCAUGUCCACGGACAAUGUCGAGGAGUUCUUUGGGGACGUCCCCUUCGCAGGACUCCUGAAGGGCUCCGUCGCGGCCGAACGGCCCCGGACGCUCCGCCGGCUGCGGAACGUCUGCACGCCGAACUCCUGCGGAAUGGGCACCGGGGCGGACCCCGGGGGUGAGCGGCUCGACGACGGCGAGGCCUCCUUCCGGAUGGCCGACCGGGACCGGGAGAGGGACGAGAAGACCCUCGGGAUAAUGAGUCCCUUCGACGAGCAGGAGGAGUGGGCCAAGAUCUCCGAGAUCAUGGCCUCCUUCGGGACAGGACUCGUCCGCGAGUCGGUCUUCGUCACCGAGCUCGAGAGGGAGUUCCAGACCCGACUGGGACUGAGCUCGGAUUCCGGAAGCAGUCCGGUCGUCUCCACCACCGUGGGACAGUGGCUGUCCGGGAUGAACUUGUCCGACUACGAGUCGCUCUUCGUCAAUUACGGAUACGACGACCUGGACUUCAUCAACGGGGUGAUCGACGAGUCCGACCUGAAGGACAUGGGCAUCGGCAGCGAGCAGGAGCGAGCUUCCGUCCUGGAGGCCGCGUCUACCCUGAAGAGGCGCGUCGACAGGAGGACCGGCACCCUGGGCCAGUCGGUCGACGAGUGGCUUAAGAGCAUCCGCCUGGAGAACUACGUGGAGACGUUCAGGAAGCACCUCUACACGGACAUGGAGAGGGUCCGCAGGGUGUGGGAGGUGGAGUUGGCGGCGGUGCUCGAGAUCCAGAAGCCGGCCCACCGGAAGCGGAUCCUGGCCUCGGUGAGCGGGCCCAAUCCGCGGGCCCCCGGCCGCAACCCGGGGGGCCCCAACCUCGAGGACCUCAACAAGGACCUCAACGCCCUGAAGACCAACAUCCAGCAGCUAAAGGAGGAGAUCCGGGAGAAACUGCCGGAAGGCGCCCAGGGGAACGGGGUCCCCAUAACUGGGACCAACGUCGGGACCCUCAGACACCGUAAAAACAGGCCCGCCCCCCAACCCCCCCAGAGGCCCAGCUCCCAUAAUGGUGCCAUCUCCUCGACAGAGCAACUCGAGAUCAGGGCACCUUCCGAACUUCUUUUCGGCGUGCCCUCCACCCUGAAGACACAGUGGAGGCACCAGCCGAAGGCUCUAGUCAUUGGCUGCGUCACUUAUGUCGCCAACUACCUCGGCUCCACCGUGGUGAAGGAACUCCGAGGAACCGAGUCGACGAAGAAGUCCAUUCAGAAGCUGAAGAAGACUUGCCGCGACCCCAGGGUCACGCCCGACAUCACCCUGGCCAUCUCCUUCCGCGGAGUCCGCUUCUUGAACACCCUGACGAAUGAACCGAUCUGCGAGCAUGAAAUUCGGAAUAUUCAUUGCGCCUGCCAGGACGCGGACGACCUCACGCACUUUGCGUAUAUCACGAAGGACCACGCGAGCCGUACGCACUUUUGCCACGUCUUUUGCGUGCCUACAAUGGACCAAGCCACGGAGGUGAUCCUGACGCUGGGCCAGGCGUUCGAGGUGGCUUAUCAAAUGGCCCUGCGUGAUAAGCUGGGCGGCCAGACGAUCCGGUCCCAAUCCGCGAAUCAGCUGACGAGCCUGACGGGGAUCCCGAACACGGUCCCCGGGUCCAACAGGAACGCCGGGACCCCGGAUUUCAUGCCCGACCUCAACCACGACUCGGACCUGAUCCUGCAGUCCGGGAACUCCUUGACCAACCCCAAGCCCAAGCCCAGGUCCAAGUCGAACCCCAGCUCCAACCUCCACGCAGGUCCAAACGUCGCCGGCAACCCCAGUGCCAACUCCAACUCCAACUCCAACUCCAACUCCGACUGCCACUCGGGCCCCAACCAGGUUAGCAUCAACUCGAACCCCAACGCGAAGCCCCAGGUCACCCAUGGGAGGUCCCAUUCCGUAAACGACAUCAAAGUCAACGGGAACCAGCUCAAGCUGGCCCCAACACCGGUCGACGACAUCGGGAUCGCGGUUAAGGACAUGAAGGACCUCAAACCAGGGUUCCGGGCGCCGAUCGUCCUCUCCGAGGAGUUGUAAUUCCAUCGGAUAGCAGGCUUUGCAUCCGAGGUGACCCCCAGCCAGGUGGGAACCUGCUGGGAGGUGGUCCAGAGGUGGCGGAGCCAGGUCGCCACGUCUUCAGCAACCGGGAGGCUUCAGGGAUCAUGAGAUUCAUUGCUGGAGGGAGGCCUUCUCCACGCACAUGGUCUCUUCGGCAAAGAUAAACGAAGUUGGCUACAAACGUGAGGUUCCUAGACCUUGAGGAAUUAGGUGGAGGUACCUUGAAGAUGCAUUUUGGUUGUCAUUAAUGUGAGCGCCCUACACCUUGGAUGAAGGUGGGCGCGGAGUACCUCCAAGGUGGAAGUUUGGCCAAAUUUUUGCGACGACUGUGCAGCGACCCUGAAACGUGGUGAAGACCACCUUGACCUUCCUCCACCUUGGUCUCGGUCGGUACCGACCUUUGACUAUCGUCGAGGUAAGUGGCAGCGAUACCUACGAGAUCGUCGCUCGGCAACGUUUUCACUUUUGUACCUCUCCCCUAGAGGGGAAAGAGCCCAGGGCGCUCGACACCUGUCGGGUCGAGCGCAAUACCGAUCGAGAUACCGCUUUUUCACUGGAAAUUAAAUCACUUUUUUGAGAAUCCUCAACAGAGCCACCUUCAGCCUGCACCUGACCAGCCAAACGUCGAGGCUGGAGGUGGUUUCGCGCUUUGGCGAGACCUUAAUCUGAAAUAUCCCGGUUCAAGGUCAGCCGUGCCGCCUCUCGCGUUUUCGACCUCUGGCCGGCUAUCACGAGUAGAUAUUAGCGAGUAGAUUGCAGAGGCGGGAUCGGCGAUCUAGGCACUACCUUUCACGACCAAUCCGAUUGAUAAGGUCGCUCGCUCCUCGAUACGAGAUCGAAAAUUCCCCGGAAAUCGCCGAAGAAGAUGCGAAAAAAUGGUAAAAAAAAAUCGGAAAAAAUCACAGAAAAUCCCGAGCAAUAUCUCGGGAUUUCGCGUCUAGGAGUCUUCGACGUAAGUUAUGAGAAAGGCACUUUUUGUGAUCGAUACCAUCGAUAUCGGUACUCGAUACACCUGCCCUCGGGGCCGAUCAGCCGUCGAUAUAUCGAACGCUCGCGACAUUCCCCUGCCAGUCGACAAACGCACCUGCUCAAUCUCGCUUUAAGCCGGUUUUACAGCCGCAUCCGACCUCCGACAAGUGUGUUCGCGGUUUUUUGUAAACUUUGUAAAACCCUAGGGAAAUCCCCCCAAGACGGCGGGCGGCAUUUUUCGAGGGGCGCGUCCGUAUCGCGCAGAGACACCCUUCGCUGAUUAAUUCUCCAAGACUGAUACGAGUCGUUUGUCGAUAUAAUAAUUAGGUGGGAGCGGUAAUUAAAUAAGGGAGACUUAUCGUUAAAGGGCUGUCGAACCCCGGGGACAGGUGCGAUUUACCCUUCACUCACCUGGGGGAGUGCCGCCCUUCUUUCGGGGAGGGUCUCGGAGGUUCUUAUCAAUCUCACACGAGAUUAUAGAUUUGAAUUUAGUCCUUCCUGGAGAGUCGACGUUUUACUUUGAGGGAAAUUGUCAGGAAGGAAGGGAAAAAAAAAAAUAAAAAGAAAAAAGAUCAAGGGGGAAUGCGGAAAAUUUGGAACCCGACGAUGACCUCCGAGGGAGAGGGGCCUCCCCUGGAGAACGGUCGAAAUAUAUUAUCGAUAAGCUUUAGAUAUUUAAUUAAGCAUCGAUCCGAGGACUCGGAGGGGUCCUCAUAACCAGGGGUGUCGGAGCUGACACUCGGAUACCAAAGUACCGCGCUUUUAAGGAGCUACGCUUUUAAGGCGAUGUCUAAGCCGUUCAAUAUGUGCACCAAGGCGGCAAUGUGCGAACCUCGCCCCCAGAAAUGUGCAACUUUUCGAGGGUUUGCUACUUUGUGAGGCUCCAGAGGGAUACUCUGUUUCUUAAGGGGGUUCAAUCUUGUGAGACCCCAAGAAAAUUCAGAAUAACUUUCAUCGAGGGAGUGCAAUGUUGCGCCCCCUCCCCCUCGAAAAAAAUUACACCGUGGAUUUUUUAUGGGAUUAUCGUUUUGUAGCACUUUAGAAGAGCAAACAGUUGAAGUUCUAUCGUGGAACUGGAAGUUUUGCGAGUUUUGCGAUAAGAAUUUUCCGAUGAGUAUAUAUGAGUUUAAAAAAAAAAAAGAAGAAAAACACGGUGGGAUUUAUAGAGGGGCUGCGAAAUGUUUAGAUUCGGCAGAUGUAUCUUAGGAGGAUAAUUUCGCAUGAUUGUUCCAUAAAACUGGAGUCUUACGAGGCCCUGAAAUUCGGACCCACCUGGGGGUGCACUUUGGCCGUCGGCGUCGCGACGUCUAUUUUUCAGCGAACGGUCCUAAGGAGGGGACUGUCGCGUCGCCAGUCGGCGUGGUGAUAUUAUAAUCGAGCGUAAUUACGACUUAUAAUUACCGAGUCUAGCGUAAUCGUGGACUCGACUAAGACUUAGAACGCGGUCAACCAAAGAGCUAGGCUGUCCCCUAAUUUAACCCUUUGGCUACUAAGAGCGCCUAAAGGCGCCCGACGUUUGGUCCAAUAUUGCCUGCACGGUCAGAGGAAUUUCGCCCGUAUGUCGAAAUGGCUCCGUGUUCAAAGGGUUAAGGGGGUCGAAUAAUCGUCGAGGCACCUGUCAGGUCGGUCGCGCGGUUCCUGGGGAUGGAAAGAGAAAAAAAGUCCCCAGGGAAAGAUGUCUCCCCUAGAUCGAGAGAAUGAAAGAAAAAAAGAUAAAAAGGAAAUAGAACGAGAAUUCGAUGAGGACGAAGAAGGGCGAAAGAUUCGGACGACUCCUCGACGGGAUCGACGAAUCCCAGAGGGAUCGAAAAAAGGGGGUGAUUUUGGGGAUUGUGACUUUUCUUUUUCGUUUUUUUUUUGCUCGAGAAAAGGGAGGGGGAGGAAUCGACGCGGGACCGCGACAAGGGAGGGCCUUCGGAAACUGCCAAAUUUAGGGAGGAACGACGCUCGUUCGCGGGCCCACUUUUUAUCGUUAUUCAUAUUUGCGAGGAGACGUUUCCUGUUUUUUUAUUUUUUUUCCGCGCACGUCGAUUGUAUCGAUAGGUAGUACUCGGUAGGGCGGUACCUUUGAUGAAGCUCCUCGACCGGCCAAAGGACUAUCAAGGGUCCUUUUUAAGGACCUUGAGGUCGAGCCUAGAUAUUCUGCAUCGCACAAAUCUCCGAAAGACGCGGUCUAAUUAGUGGAAGGUCCACCGUGGAUGACGCGGAAAAAUUCCUGAAUUUUAAUUCCUCUAAUCAAGGAAUUAUCUGAUUUUUCACACUAUCAAGGGAACUUCUAUUUAACUCAGGAUUCUUCAAUUAUUUAUCUAAAAAAAAUCUAUCCUUUUGUGUUGAAUUACUUUCUGGAUCUUAAAUCUUGAAUUCAGGAAUUUUUUACUUUUUUUCAUUACCAAGGAUUUCCCUCAGGAACUUUCAAUUAUUUAACUUAAAGAUCCAUUGUUUUGUGUUGAAUGAUUUUUGCGAAUUACAAUUUUUUUUCUUUUUAAUCCAUGAAUUUUGUAAUUUUCCGUCUUAACGAUGGAACAUAUGUCGAAAUGGCUCCGUGUUCAAAGGGUUAAAUAAAGAUUUAUAAACUUUUAAUUCAUAUUUCACGUCUCGGGACUAUGCUAGUUUAGUCGCAUUUCCUCGUUUUUCUAACAUUUCUAUCAUUCAUAUCGUCCAUGUGACAUAAUCGCGCACCACGGUGGACGUUUCCGUGGAAAGCCGAGAAAGAAAAAGAAACGGAGAGAAAGAGAGAAAGCCGGGCAAAUCGCGCGCAAAGCCAGGAGAAAUUCCGGACCAAACGACCGCACGAAUAAUAAGGCUUACCAGAAAGACUUACGUUAAUUAAUCCAGCGAUCGUAGCCGGGAACAAUGACGGCGAAUUGUCAUUCGGGUCGCUCGUCGAUACCAAUCCUGAAUACCUUAUGUGAUUAGCGGUCGAGCAUUAAUAUUAACAAUAGGAUGAGCGUAGGCUAGCAUCGGUAGGCACUGUAUUUAAAGGGUUAACUAAUUAGUUAAUUUAUUAAAACGGCCACCAGGAAUCAGUUCGAGACCGAGGGGGGAAUCGACCCCCCAACACCAAAGAGCCGAUCGAUCGAUCGAUCGGUCAUCGACGAUCUGCAAUGAGGAAACGAUUCCGAUCGUUCCGCACAAUUUUUUCUAUGUGUUUUUACAGUAUCCGGACUUUUAAUGUCUCUAUGUAUAUCUUCGUCGCACUCGCGAUAACGAUAAACCCUUUCCAAUAAUCAAUGGUCGAUAUUAAUCGUUCUUUGUCGCGCCGCGUUAUCACCGUUCUCUUCCAUUAUCGCGCGUUUUGGUGUUCGAUCUCUGCUCGUCAAUUAUUUCGCGAUACUCGAUCGGGUCGGCCAUUUUGUCGCGUUAUCGAGGACUACACGUUUCCCCCUUUUUCACCAAUUUUUUUUACUCGUGAUGUUUCUUCUUUUUUUUUCAUUUUAUCGAUGUCUACAUUUUCUCGUGUACAUUUCUUUAAUCUAAUUGUUCUACACAUUUUGGGUCACGUUCUAAUUCUUACGACUAUCAUUGAGAAAUUUUUUUUACUCGUGAUGUUUCUUCUUCUUUUUUUUUUUUUUCAUUUUAUCGAUGUCCGCACUUUCUCGUGUACACCUCUUUGAGCUAAUUGUUCUAUACAUUUUGGGUCACGUUCUAAUUCUUACCAGUAUCAUUGAUAAACGUCUGUUCAUAAUCUCUGAUGACGAUCCAGAGAGUCGAAAGUGAAUUUCUUCCGAGGGGGGGAAGGAAGGGUGCGAAGAAAUGGAGGAAAUUUGGGGGAAAAAAAGGAAUAUUUAUCGCUUGAUAAGAACUGAUUCCGGAGACUCGAAAAGGGAUUUUUUUGUUUCUCAAGAUCAAGAUAGGAAAAGGGAAUGAGAUAAAGGAUGCAAA